UCAUGUCCAUUGGAAGGCAGCGCUCAUUUCAACUUGGCCUUCAGAGCCCUGUCCACCUGGCCCUUUCUCGCUUCAUCUUCUGCAUCCCCUGACCGCAGGCUGGUGCUUCUGAUGCUGCUCUUUCCACCUGGCAAGCCUUUUUUCCCUCUAAGCCCAUCCCCUCCUACCUCUCCCAAAGCCCUGCUGGCCUGUCAAUGCCCAACUUAUCACCUCCUCUGAGAAGUCUUCCUUGAUGUUUCCCAGAGCCAUGAGGGAGUCUGUGGCUUCAUGCCCGUUCCCGAGUGGCACCCUUUUUCAUGCAUCGGUUAUAACUCCUGCCACCCCCAGCCUGCACCUGGAACAAGGUGUGUGCUCGAAUCCAGCUUCUCUCCCCACCCCGCUGGCUUCCGCCUGCACACCAAGGUUAUGCCCCCUGUCCUUUGGCGAAGGAGUGGAGUUCGACCCCUUACCACCGACGGAAGUAAGGUACACUUCCUCGGUCAAGUAUGACUCAGAGCGGCACUUCAUUGACGACGUCCACCUGCCCUUGGGCCUGGCCAUGGCCUCCUGCAGCCAGACGGUCACCUGCAUCCCCAAUUGCACCUGGCGCAACUACAAAGCCGAGCUGCGCUUCGAGCCCCGUCACAAGGCCACCCGCUUCCUCAGCACCACCAUCGUCUACCCCAAGUUCCCCAAGACCGUCUACACCACCACCCUGGAUUACAACUGCCGCAAGACGCUGAGGAGGUUCCUGUCCAGUGUGGAGCUCGAAGCCACAGAGUUCCUGGGCAGUGAUUACCUCUCAGAUGAGUGCUGACUCAAGCAGGCUGGGUGGGGCUGGACCAGCUCUUCCGCUGCCCUGGCCAAGCUGGGCCACACCGCCCUUGAGUGUCACUCAUGCCCCCAGGAGUCUAAUCUAGAGAUACCUCUAAGCCCAGUAUGGGGAAGAAAAAAAAUGUCACGGCAUCUUACAAUAAUUAAGAGAAUUUGGUUCUUAAAAAAUGUUCCAAUUGUUUGUAAAAGGAGUGUAUUUCUAGUUUGCUGCUGCCUCGUUUCCCCCAAAGUCUCAAUUGGAUGAGAAAAUAAAAAAGACAACUAGAGCAAAAGGAAAACGGCCACAAUUUGAAAUAGGGAGGGAGGGGAGAGCUUCUCUUCCAUUGGUCAGUUUGUCUGAGGAAGAGCGUGGAAAAAGUCUCUGGAAUGGAAAAAGUGAGUUUUGAGAAAUUUCAGCGCCGGGUGUCUUCACUGCUGUGAAAGUGGUGCUAAUUCAGUAAGUUGUGACACCCAGAUGGGUUCAAUCUGUGGAGAGUUGAGUUCCAUUCCAUUUUUUAUUUCCAUUUCCAUUUCUAUUUCCUGUUAACCAAAACACUUGGAAUUCUCUAAAUCUUUUUCAUGACAUCGAAAAACCCCAAACUGCAAUAUAUAAGAUGCUUUUUUAAAAAAGAAAGAAAAGGUUCAUCCUGUUUUCACCUCUUCGAGAGGGUCAGGUCAACCGGUGGCUGAGUUUGGGAGCAAUGGCUUCCGUUCCAGUUCCUUCCACUGGUUGCUUCUGAGCUCAGGCCCUGGCAAAGCGCCUCGCACCCUUGGCAUCUGGUUAUGUCUCUACAGGCUUGUGUAACUCUCCUGAUAUGUGUUUUGGGGUUUCCAAAUACUUUCCUAUUUUUUUCAUAAGGCAAAACAUAGCAGAGACACACGGCAUUUUCUUUUGAGAGAAAUGGCACUUUAAAAGAAGGCUAAGGAACAGUGCUUUUGGGGACUCCACGAGGCGGGUGUCACUCACGAUGGGAACAGGUGGCUGGCCACACCGAGGACCUGACAACAUCUGUCUGUGUUUCAGGUGACGUGCUUCAUCUGGAUGGGGGUCCUCUCCAGGGACCCUGGGUCAGCUGCUCUUAGGACUUUGAUCGUGUCACCAUUGCAGGGGAGUCUGUCAGUGCCUUAGGUCGAAGCCCAAAGCAAGGAAAUUGCCUCCCCUCCUCCCCCAGGGGAAGCAAAGGUAAACUCAAAAUGGGGAAUGAUGUCACAAGUCCAACCCCAAACCUGCGUGCUGUUGUCACGGUCUACGUUUAAGUUUUCAGUUUCAUGUAAGUGACACUCAUGGCGUUAGGUGUGAAAUGAAGAAACUUUGUGAAUUCAGCUGAACUGGCCUCCAAAGCAAGGCCGGGCCUGGGCCAGGAAGCUGUGGUGGGCCACGCUGUCUCUGGCUCCACCCACUGCCCGCCCUGCCUCACCCCAACCCGUACUUCUUCCUCCUGCCAAUCCUUGAGGUUUUUGAGUGAAGCAAGUGGCAGAUGGCUUUUUCUCUUCCAAUACUGGAAAGAACAAAUUGUGAAUAUUUCCUCUGCGUACAUCCAAAUUGUGUCAAGGGCUUAGGGGUUACUGAGUACUGUAAGCUCAGACUCCCGCUAUAUUUCUGGGUUUCUGUUGACGGCUUCCAUCUGUCCCGAAAGCAGAAUUGAUGGCUCUCUGGUUACCCUGGAGCCACAGCAGGGACUUUUGUUCCGAUGAGAGCAGGUGUGAUGAUAAUCACGCUCAUUGAAAGUCAUUGGAGGCCUAUAGAGCCAAAUUGUCUUCCGAUUUAACAACGUUUAGUCUGCCGUGCUCCUAACUGAUUGGACGUGUCUCCUCAGUGGAGCCUGCACUGGGCUGGACAGUCCUGAGUUUGCCGUGCUGAGACUUAGUGGAGACCCCUCAGAGGGGCACUCGGGGACCUUGUCGUCUCCUUAGUCAAGCAGAACAACAAAUUCUUCCUCUGUUUGGAAGAGUACAUGUCACGGCAUUUGUCGAUAAAAAUAGAUUUUUCUCUCUGAUUCCCUAAUCUUGUCAUUUAAGACAACUAACUGGUAAAUGUAAUUUUUAAAUUAUGUUAAGAGAAUUCCCAAGGCUUUGGUCUGGCCCCAUGGGGGCACUUGAAUGAGCUCAGAACAUUAUCCUGGGCAGCAAGACACGAGAGGCAAGUGCCUGAGAACAGCACCGACCUUUGAUCACAGCAAGGUGCUGAGACGUCCAUAUGAGAUUUUGUUUUAGGGGGAUUGGGUUAAGUCCAGGCAAAUCAUUCUAGGUGUGGAGAAAAUCUGAACUAUAUCAGUAAAGUAAGUAGAAGUGAGUGAUUGUGAAUGUGUAAUGCUAAUGGAAAAGCAGGUUUUAUUUUAAGUUAUUCACUAGGGAACCAACUUUAGUUCUUUCUAGUCCUUUUUCUUCAAACCUGCUUGGCCGCAAGUUGCAGGAAAGGAAGCACGUGAAGAUACCUUGGGACACUUCAGGGUAGAAAAAUGACAUCGAUCAGUGGUGGAGUCAUGUUUGUUUGUAAGGUGGAAACAAUGGUUUUUUAAAACUCGCUCAUUAAAAACCAAACAUUCCUAAGUG